GGGUUCAUAACUAUAUUUGUUCUGUUGCCCCCUACCGGUGCUUAAAAUACCAAGCACAUGAUCCACCGUCCACAGAAAACUGACUAGAAUGCCCUUCAUGGAUAGUCUUCAAGUGUCACGUGAUUAUAGCCUUGAACUAAUGAAGGAAUGGGAUUAAGAAGUGAGUGAAACCUGGUUCUGCUUAAAUCCUUGAGGUCUAACCCAAAUUGAGUGCUAAUUGCCUAUCUCCUUGGUUGGGGGAGGGGCGGGGCUGUCUCAGCCUCUUGUUAUCCUGGAACUAUAGACCAGGCUGUCCUGCCUUUACCUCCAGUGCUGGGCUUGAAGGUGGACACAUGUUCAAUUUCUCACCAAUGAGGAAGGGGCCUCUUCCUCUGCCUUGAAAACUCCAAGCAGAGCAAGUUUUGCUUAGGAAAGAUCCUUGUGAGUCAAUUGCUUCAUUUUUCACGUGGUAAUUAAGAUGUCCCUCCCACUUAAAAGGCCACUGCCAAUCACAGCUUAAUUGUGAAAACCAGUGACUAGAUGGGUGGCUGGAGCAGAGGUGUCUGAGUCAGGCUCUGGGUGGGAUUAUCUUAAAGGAAGUGCAACUUUCAUUUCCUCUUCCAAGAGGUUAUUGGGUUGAGGGAGGAACUGGUACAGCCCAGCUGGACUCUGAGCUGCUCUACCAUGAGGUUCCAAGUGCAUUGCUUGGUCUUGCUGGGACUGCUUGUAGCCCGAGGAACAGGGAAAGGCUGUCCUCAUAGGAAAGCUGCUACUCUCCUGCCAUCCUUCACGGUGACACCUACAACCACAGAAAGCACAGCAAGCCCUACAACCAGCCACGGAAAUGUCACAGUUCAUCCAACAAGUAAUAGUACCGCUACCAGCUCCAGGCCCACAACUUCCACUCACAACCCUGCCGUGACCACCAGCCAUGGGAAUGCCACGGUUUAUCCCACCACAGACAACGGCACUGCAACUAGCCCAGGAUUCACCACCGGCCCUCACCCUGGACCACCUCCACCCUCUCCGAGUCCUAGUCCAGGCUCCAAGGGGGCUCUUGGAAACUACACGUGGACCAACGGCUCCCAGCCCUGUGUUCAGCUUCAAGCACAAAUUCAGAUUCGAAUCCUGUAUCCAACCCAGGGUGGAGGAAAGGCCUGGGGCAUCUCUAUACUGAACCCCAACAAAACUAAGGUCCAGGGGGGCUGUGAUAGUGCCUAUUCCCACCUGCCUCUCUCAUUUCCUUAUGGGCAGCUCAUCUUUGGAUUCAAACAGGACCUGGAGCAGAGCCAUCAGGGGAUGGUCUACCUCAACUACAUGGCAAUGGACUACAACGUGUCCUUCCCACAGGCAGCCCAGUGGACAUUCUCAGCUCAGAAUUCAUCUCUUCGAGAGCUCCAAGCUCCUCUGGGCCAAAGCUUCUGUUGCAAAAAUACAAGCAUAGUUCUUUCUCCAGCUGUUCACCUUGACCUGCUCUCCCUGAGGCUACAGGCUGCUCAGCUGCCCAACACAGGACACUUGGGGCCAUGUUUCUCCUGCACCAGCGACCAAUCCCUCUUGUUGCCGCUCAUCAUUGGCCUGGUCCUCCUUGGCCUCCUCACCCUGGUGCUCAUUGCCUUCUGCAUUACCCGGAGACGGCAAUCAGCCUACCAGCCCCUCUGAGCAUCUGCUCCAGGCCACUCCGGGCUACUGAGGAGCAACCUCACUUUUUCAAUGUGCACCUGACUCAACAAAGUUAUUCUCCCUUCCUGUCUUUAAGAACACAAUUAGAGAUUUUGUAAAUGGGGUGGGGAUUAAUAAACAGGAAGUGUCCCAUUCCUGCUCACAA